UGCGUUUUCUCCCUGGAAAACCGUAACAAUAGUAGUAACAGCUAACGGUUACUGCUCACCUUCCAUGGGGCGAACAAGCAACGCAUUAAGUGCUUUAUGUGCAUUAUUUCAUUUAAUCUUGACAGUGACUCUUGGAGGUAGGCGUUAGCCCCAUUUUACAGAGGACACAGUUCGUCCUAAACAUUGUCAGUCCGUUGCCCCCACCCCUUUCCUACGAGGGAACAUCCCUUCUCCUAAUCUUUCGCGUUCAAGUGUAGCUCCAGCCGGCCUUUCCUGCCCAGUACUUUCCUAAUACAAACCUUCCUCUUGAGUCAAGCUGGUUCCCUCACUGGGCCUCAACCGGUUUUGCUCAUAUUGCCAUUAGGACCUAAUGUAAUCCACCUACUUAAUAAAAUAUACUGCAUUUCCCUAUUUCUUUAAUCAUUUAUUUGUUUGAUUUAUUUAUCAAGCUCAUGGUAUAUACUAGGCUCUGUUUUUGUUAUUGGGCGUGUAGUGGGGCCUCAUGUGGUUUAUAAUUUUAUUUAUUUAUUUAUUUUUCCCCCAAAGCCCUAGCUGCACAUCCUUCUAGUUGCUGUAUGUGGGACACGGCCUCAGCAUGGCCGGAGAAGCAGUGCGUCGGUGUGAGCCCAGGAUCCGAACCCCGGGCCGCCAGCAGUGGAGUGCGUGCACCCAACCGCUAAGCCACGGGGCCGUCCCGGCCUCAUGUAGUUUACAUUCUAGUGGGAAGAGAAAAAUAGUAAACAAAUAAGUAAACAUAUAACUAAAACGAAAUAAACAUAUUUCUAAAAAGAAAUAAAGUGCACUGAGGGAGAGUAAAAGAGAGCCCGUUUUUAUCUAAAGUGGCCAGGGAAAGCCUUUCUGAAGAGGUGAUAUUUAAGCCAAGACAUGAAGAAUGGGAAGAAGAUGUUGAUGGUGAUAGCAAAUAUUUAUUGAAUUUUUACACCAGGUUUAUGUUAUUCUUUAUGUGGAUUAUCUCGUUUGGUUUUAGCAUAUCCUACAAAGUAUGUUCUAUUAUUUACUCAUGUUACAGAUGAGAAAUCAGAGGCUCAGAGAAAAGUUCUUAAAUGAGAUAGGAUUGUAAAAUAAAAUAAGUACAAUAAAAUAAAAAUUUCAAAGUAAAAGCCACUGUGUGUAAGUUGGGGAGUUUUGAUGAAGACAGAAUACGAGGUUAUGUAUGAAACAGUUUAAAGAGUUCUCUUCACAGAUUUGUCCAUUCCUUGGGUAGCAGAGGCUUGGGAAUUGGGCACAACUGGAUCUUGGCACGCUGACAGUUCUAUGACUUUGGGCAAGUAAUUCAGUCUCAGUUUCGUAAUCUAUAAAAUGGGACUAAUAUUUGUGAUCUUAAAGAAUUGAUGUCAGGGUUGAGCUGGUGCCUGCAUAGUCCUUAUUAUCAUGGCUGGUAAUUAACCAUGCAUUCAAUAAAUAGUAGGUAUUAGUAUUUAUUAAGGGCCUGCUGUUCCAGUUAUUUGUUGCUGCAUAACCAGUCAAACUUGAAGAUGUAAAACAGCAAUCAUUUAACUCCCUGUCCUGGUUUUUGUGUGUCAGGAAUUUGGUAAGGGCUUGGCUGGGCUGUUCUGCCUUGAUGUCUUUAAUACAGUUGUGGUGACAUGGUGGCAGGACCUGGAACCACAAGCGCCUAAGCAGCUGGGGACUAGUGGGGUGAGGGAGGAGGGCACCUCUCUUCAUGUAGUUUCAGGACCUCCCUGUGUGGUCUCUUUGCAGGGUCUAGUUUUGAUUCCUUUGAGGAGUUGGACCUCUAACAGGGUAGCUUGAAGGUUUCGAGAGUGAGUAUUCCCAGUGAGCAAGGCAGAAUCUAUAUCACCUUUUAUGACCUAACCUCAGAAAUCACAGUGUCAUCUCUGCUUUAUUGUAUUGCUUAAAACAGUUCCAGAAGCCCAUUCAGUUUUAAGGGGAGGGGACAUAGACCACACUGUUGGGAGGAGUGAUGUGAGAUGGGCCAUCUUUGAGAAUGCAGUUUGCUACAGUACACGAAAGAUUAAUAAAAUCUCGCCUCUCUCUUUGAGGAAUCAAGAGUCUAACAGGGGAGGCAGAUCUGUGAACAAAUAUGAGUUCACUAUUACACGAUUAACCCUUCCUGGAAGAAUUGUAGAAAAUGGAAGCGAGCAAGGGUCCUAUGAUGCAGAUAAAGGAAUUUUUACCAUUCGAUUGCCCAAAGAAACUCCUGGCCAGCAUUUCGAGGGGCUGAACAUGUUAACUGCUCUUCUAGCACCAAGAAAAUCCAGGACUGCGAAACCACUUGUGGAAGAAAUAGGUGCUUCUGAGGUUCCUGAGGAGGGAGUAGAAGAUGACGAUGAAGAGCUUGACUGGGAAAUUGAACAGUCCCCCUAUGAAGAGGUAUCCGAAAGUGCUUUGAGUCCACAGUGCCGCUAUGGAUUUGGAAACUUGCGAUCAGGAGUCUUUCAACGGUUACAGGAUGAAUUGAGUGAAGUUAUCGAUAUUAAGGAUCCAGAUUUCACUCCUGCAGCUGAACGAAGGCAGAAACGCUUGGCUGCUGAGCUGGCCAAAUUUGAUCCUGACCAUUAUCUCGCCGACUUUUUUGAAGAUGAGGCAGUUGAACAGGUUUUGAAGUAUAAUCCUUGGUGGACUGAUAUAUAUUCAAAAAUGAUGGCCUCUUUGGGAAAGAGUCAGGAGCAAGAAAAUCAUGCUGCAUUAGUGUCUUUUUCUGAAGAAGAGAAAUAUCAGCUGCGAAAAUUUGUCAAUAAAUCUUACCUCCUGGACAAGAGAGCCCACCUUCAAGUGUACUACAGUUUGAUUGAUAUCCUUCUGGCAUAUUGCUAUGAGACUCGUGUCACUGAAGGAGAGAAGAAUGUUGAAUCUGCAUGGAAUAUCAGAAAACUGAGUCCCACACUGUGCUGGUUUGAGACUUGGACUAAUGUUCAUGAAAUCCUGGUGUCUUUUGGAAGAAGAGUUUUGUGCUAUCCACUUUAUCGCCAUUUCAAGCUGGUGAUGAAAGCCUACAGAGACACUCUAAAGAUAUUGCAACUAGGUAAAAGUGCAGUUUUGAAGUGUCUACUGGAUAUUCACAAAAUUUUUCAGGAAAAUGACCCAGCUUAUAUUCUGAACGAUCUCUACAUCUCAGACUACUGUGUGUGGAUUCAGAAAGCCAAGUCCAAAAAGUUGGCAGCUCUUGCAGAAGCCUUAAAGGCAGUAUCCGUGACAAAGGCCCAGCUGGGGUUAGAACUGGAAGACCUGGAAGCAGCAGCGCUUCUUGUGCAGGAGGAAGAAGCUGCAUUAGAGGCAGCCCAUUCCAUCUCCAGGCAGCAGACGCCCUGCUCCAGUCCUGAGGCAAGUGAUUCGGAGGAAUCAGACAGCACCACAUCGUCUGAGACUGAAGACUCAGAUUCAGAACAAGAGGAGCUCGAAGACGGUGCAUCUGAGACACGACAUUCCUUGCGAGGUCCCUUUCUCGAGGAAGGCAGUGCUCUGCUAAUUGAUGACGGUGGGGUGUGCAGAAACUCAGCCAUCCUGAGGUCUGGGGUCAGUCAGGGAAAGCCACCUGCCUCCUCCCAGGCUCUUGGAGGGUCUGGGCCUCUGAUUGAGGAGCUUGGAGAACAACUGAAGACGACAGUUCAGAUGUCUGGACCUGCGGGCUCUGGUGCUGGAAACCACAGCAGUGUGCAGGACAGACACGACCAGCAGACACCAAAUGAUUGACUCUGAGUGGUUUUAUUCAUUGUUGAGAAGUAUGUCAGAUUUGGUUUUAUAUACUGAAU